AUGGACUCCUCCGUCGCAUCGUUGUCCUCGGACGCGCCUACGAAACAACCGUUCCCCUUCUUCGAGCUGCCGUCUGAGUUGCGCAUCAAGAUUUAUCAAUACGUGCUGUUCAUUGAGCACGGAAAAGGCGUCGUGGACCUGGACUAUUUCAACGACAGGCGAAUCGCUCCACGUCUGACCUGCUUUCGCGCUUGUCGGCGCAUGCAUGAGGAAGCAUACCCAAUCUUCUAUGGCUCGUCACAGCAGCCAUUUAGACUAUUUCCUGUCGGUGGACAUGUCUACAGGACAAAGAAGCCGCUGCUUGAACUCCUGACACCCACAUAUCGAGGAGCUAUAAACACUAUUGAGCUGCGCCUUGGGCCUGGUUGGGAAAGGGUUCCCAAAUGCUGGCAUACUGGUCCGUCACUAGGCCUUGCCGAUUGUCUCUCCCUGCGUAACCUCAACAUCUUCGUACAAAUUGAUCCUACAGACACGACCUUCAAGGGCCAUCAUGGAAAAGGCAAUGACGAGAAUACAUACAAGAACCUCUGUGUUCGCUGGUUACAAGACAUUCUCGAGCAAGCUCCUAGCAUCCGCAAAGUCCAGAUCGAUGCAUGGGAAGGUGUGGAGGUUGAAUCGCCAAUGCUCAACGCGCUUGCCUCUACGGUCUUGUUGGCUGAGAAGCGGUUGACAUGGGGCCCUGAGCGAUUGAAGAAGCUGGACAAGGAGAAGUUGAGACAGGCGCGCCUAGACUCCAUGUGCGGCAUGGAGCAAUUGGAGGAUCUCAUGACAUAUAUGGUCAUUGGAGACCAGCGAACCUAUGCAUUCUGA